CUAUGAUCGGCGCAGCCUCGCGGGUCCCUGGGGCCGUGCGCGCCAGGACAAGCAGAGGCUGCAUCCAGGCACCAGAAAUUCACUGACGCCCGUUCCUGGAAGCCAGCCCUGGGCACCAUACCCCAGGGAGCAGCCGCUGGCCACUCGGGACCUCCGGCCUCGGCCCCGCUGAGCCAUCCUGGCCUGGCCCAGGGUCCGGGCAGCACCCCCCGGAGAGGGCUCACACAUGGCAGAAGUAUACCAUAGGCGCUCAGGAAAUGUUUGCGGCUAAGAGGCCUGAGUUGGAAAACAGGUGUGCUCUGACCAGCCAAGGGGAAGUGGGACCUUCGAGGACAGCCUUCAUGGGUCAUUGGCUGGAAGGUAGCAAGCCUGCGGCUAACACUGUCCUCCACCGGGACCUGAAAAAUGGCGUCCGGGCAAGGCCCAGGUCCUCCGGGGAAGGAGUGCGGAGAGCCUGCCCCGUCCUCCACUUCUGAGGAGCAGGUAGCCCGGGACACGGAGGAGGUUUUCCGCAGCUACGUUUAUUACCGCCACCAGCAGGAGCAGGAGGCCGAGGGGGCGGCUGCGCCCGCCGACCCAGAGAUGGACACCCUGCCCCUGGAACCUAACAGCACCAUGGGGCAGGUGGGGCGGCAGCUCGCCAUCAUCGGGGACGACAUCAAUCGGCGCUACGACUCGGAGUUCCAGACCAUGCUGAAGCACCUGCAGCCAACAGCAGAGAACGCCUAUGAGCUGUUCACCAAGAUCGCCUCGAGCCUGUUUGAGAGCGGCAUCAACUGGGGCCGAGUGGUGGCUCUCCUGGGGUUCGGCUACCGCCUGGCCCUGCAUGUCUACCAGCGCGGCCUGACCGGCUUCCUGAGCCAGUUGACCCGCUUCGUGGCUGAAUUCAUGCUGCAUCACUGCAUUGCCCGGUGGAUCGCACAGAGGGGCGGCUGGGUGGCGGCUCUGGACUUGGGAAAUGGCCCCAUCCGGAAUGUGCUGAUAGUUCUGGCUGUGGUUCUGUUGGGCCAGUAUGUGGUACGAAGAUUCUUCAAGUCAUGACUCCUGGAGGGGCCCUUUGGGGUCCCAACUGAGACCCCUGCCUGGACUUCAGCCAAUCCUUCUCCCUUCACCCCCUCCCCUGCAGGGGUCCCCCCCUCAAGUGUACAGAAGCUUUAGCAAGUGGCACUCCCGCCUUGGAGGGUCCCUGCCCAGGGGUCAGUCAGGCUAUAGGGGUGCCCCAACAUUGCAUGGUGCUAUUGGGCCCCAUCCUGUCAGACAGGGGCUGUAGCCUCCUCCCUCAGCUCUCUGGGAGCCCCUCAGCCCUGGCUGCUGGGUGUUGGGGAGACUGAUAACUUGGGGAAGCAAGAGGCUGGGAGCCACUUCUCCCAAAGAAGUUGUUAAUGGUUUUAGCUUUUUAUAAUACCCUUGGGAGGACCCUCCCCCAGCCCCACCACUCUGCCCAAGCCAGGAUGUCUGGGCUGUGGGGAUUAGCAGGCGUACCUUGUGUUCCCUGGGACUCAGCUGCUCUGGAAGGUCAGAGAUGAGACCUGAGCCCAGAGCCCAGUCCUGACCCUUCCUAAGCCCAUGUCCCCCAGGAAGAGGACUGCCCGGGGCUGGGGCUCAAGGUUCUGCUCAGCUGCCCCUGCUCCCACUCCCCCCACCCCAUGUUGCCUUUGCAGUUGGACUCUCAGGGAUUCUGGGCCUGGGGGCUGGGGUGGGGAUGGAGACCGGAGCUGUGUGAACUUAUCCAGCACCCUCCAGCCUGCCUCCUGAGGGCCGCCGUUCUCUGCCUUCCCCUCACCCCUUGCUUCCAGCCCAUUCACUACAAGUGAAGCCUGCCCCACCCCUCCCCCUCCAGAUGAGGAAGCAGGGGCCUUGGAUGAGUGGAGGGCUCAGGCCCCCUCCUUGCCCAGACUACAGGGUUUAGGACUGUGGUGUGUGAUUGUCAGGGAACGAGGGUAGGGAGCCCAUCUUGAGGUUUCUGAGUGAGAGAAGGGCUAGUAACACCACUAGGAACCCCAGGGUUGGGAUCCUCCCUCAUGGCCCGGGCACAGUGUAAUCAGGGGGAAUGGAUGGGGAACUGUGAAUACUUGAACUCUACCCCCAAUCCCCCCACCCUCUACACCCCCACCUGCCCUAAGCCCCUCCUGUGGGCCAGGGUGGGGGUGCCUUGUCUAUCUUGCACAGCCUAGGGGAAGGGGAGAGAGAGUACUGAUUAAGCCAAAUGCAUGGAGGGGCUGCAGAUGGAGCCUACUGCCACCCCUCAACCCUCUAUGCCUGAAAAUAAACUGCAGUCCCCCCACAA